AUGAUCGCAAAGGUGCUGUGCCUCAUUGUGCUCGUGGCUAUCGCAGUUGCAGAAGGACACGGUUAUGCUUAUUCAAGCCAACAAGUUUCACGUGAAGAUGGACCUGCAGAAAAAGUGAACGUCAAAGGUGACGAAAAUCAUGAGCAUCACGUUGACUAUUACGCCCAUCCAAAAUUUAACUUCGAGUACAAAGUAGAAGACCACCAUACUGGCGAUAUCAAGUCUCAAGAAGAGAGUCGUGAUGGUGAUGUUGUCAAGGGCAGAUAUUCAUUACAGGAACCAGACGGUUCCAUCAGGAUUGUAGAAUAUCACGGAGAUGACCACAGCGGCUUCCACGCUGAUGUCAAACACCAGACUCAUCAUAUUGUACCUGAACAUAAGGAAGACAAGGAACAAAGUGAACAAAAGGAACAAAGUGAACAAAAGGAACAAGAAGAACAAGCAUAA